AUGGUUGAUGAGGAAGAUAUGGAUGUUCCUACAAGUAGUAAUUUUUCGGAUGAAUAUCGUGUAAGUUAGAAACGAGAAAUUAAUUAAGCAUAUUGAUUGAUAUUUUUCAGCCGGUUCGACCCUCUUCAUCUGCCGAUUCAACCAAGAGAAAAAUUGUUAUCAAAAACUUCAAAUCGCACCCUGUUAUUCCAGAAAUCAGCGAAGUUUCGGAAUGGCACACUAUUAAUGAAAGUAUUGAAGCUAUUUUAGAAAACAAGAAAGUUAUCACAAGUUUGGAAACCUUGUUCAAUGUAUGUUUUUUAUUUCUAAAUCUCAUAUCGUUUCACAAAAUGAUAUUUUCAGUUAGUUAAAUCAUCAACAGAUCAAAAUCAUCCAAAAGCUUUAUAUGAUCGCCUUCUUGGUGUAAUAAGGGAAUAUUGUAUUCAACUGAAGUAAGUAAUAUUCAUUUUUCAAUAUAAAAUUUAUCGUUUAGAACAACAAUCGAGUUAGAAAAUGAUAUUCCAAUGUCGGAGGAUACAUGCGAAGUUUAUAUCUUGAGAUUCUGGAAUGUGUGGAAAGUUUAUCCUGUUAAAAUGACACUCAUUCGGAAUGUUUUUCUUUAUUUGGAUCGUGUAUUAUUGUCUCAAACAGGAGAUUCUGAUAUUCUACCAAUUUGGUUUGUUUUUAAUUUCAACUUGUCUUAAAUUACACAAUUUUAUUUCUUUUUAGGGAAGCAUCGAUGCGAAUGUUUCGAAGAGUAUUCUUUCCUGAUAUUGAAAACGAUUUCAAAUCACACAAACUAUUCCUAGCACUUUUCCUUGAUAUUCAAAGAAUGAUGAAACAUUAUGACGCGCAAGGAAUUGCACUUCGUGAAAUUUUUGGGAUGUUUUCAGCGAUUCAUAUGAAUGAUGAAUUUAUGGAGUAUUUAGUUCUUCAAAUAAAUGAUACUUAUUCCAAUAAAAAUCUGGAUCUUCCGGUAAGAAAACUUAAGAUGUUUGUCAUAAGAAAUUAUUUUUCAGUGCAAAGAUUACAUUAAAUAUGCUGAUAAUGUUAUCAAACAAUUCAGAGAAUUAGUGGAUUUGUAUUUCUGCGAACCAAGUGCAUCACGAGUAGUUUUCGAAGCUCUUCUCAAAUGUCUUAUUUCCAAAUCUAUCAAGCAAAUUGUUUUGAAUGGAUUUGAUCAACUUCUAGAUUCUGAUGAAAUUUCGGAUGUUUCUCGAAUGUUUCAAUUAGUGAGAAGAGUUAAUGGAGGAGAGGAUAUAGUUCGGAAUGAAUUUGCAAAAUAUAUCAAAGCAAAAGGUCAACAACAUAUGGAAACUUGUUCAGAUAAAGAUUUUUUCAAACAGUUAUCGUUAUUCAAAAAACGAAUUGAUUUGAUUGUCGAAGUGGGGUUUGUCAGUUCAAUUGACAUUAAUAAACUACGUCAAACUGUUCGAGAUUCUUUUGAAUCGUUUAUGGAUUCGAAAGGAAAUAAAUCAGCCGAACUUAUUGGUUAGUUAUUUCUAAGUUUUUGAAAAAUCCUCUAUAAUUUCAGCAAGACACUUCAAUGAAACUUUACGCAAAUCGAAAGAAUAUAAAGAGGAAGACAUCGAUGAUGCAAUUGUUUUAUUCCGUUUUAUUCGUGGAAAAGAUAUCUUUGAGGCAUAUUAUAAACGAGAUCUUGCCAAACGACUUCUUUCGGAUAAAAGUGCUUCUGUUGAUGCUGAAAAGUCGAUUUUAACAAAGUUAAAAUUGGAAUGUGGUGCUGGAUUUACUCAUAAAUUAGAAGGAAUGUUCAAAGAUAUGGAAAAUAGUGCACAGUUGAAUAACAGUUUUGCACAACAUUUGUCUGAUCUAACAAAUACCCCAAAAGAGAAAUUAAAGUAUUAUGUUCGUGUUAUCACAAGUGAUCUCUGGCCAAAUUAUGAUUUAUAUGAGGUAAUUUUUAAUCAAAUAUUCUAGUUUUAAGUGUUCAAUUUAUUGUAGGUGAAUCUUCCAAGGGAAAUAGAAACAUCGUUAGUGGAUUUUUCGGAUUAUUACAAGCUAAAACAUGGGAAUCGAACUAUUAAUUGGAUUUAUUCUUUGUCACACGCAUAUGUUUUUGCUAGAGUUCGACCAGGAUACGUGAAAGAAUUUCUUGUCAAUUUUAGUCAAACAUCCGUGCUUCUUCUUUUCAAUUCUUGCGAAAAAUGGACAUUUAAUGAGAUGCUGAAUGCAACUAAACUUCCAAAAGAUGAACUGAAAAAGACAAUUUUAGCAUUACAUGGUUCAGAAGCAGAGAACUCCAAGCAGACCCGAAUUAUUAAUGCAUUAUGUGAAAAUGGAGAUAUUAAUUCAAAAACAACUUCUGACAAUGUGGAAAAACACAGUUUUGUUUUCAACUCAAAAUUGACUGAUAGUCGUUAUCGAAUCCCUGUUCUCAAUGUUUAUUUAAAAACACCGGUAAGUUUAAUUAUAGAAAACAUCAACUUAUGUUAGAAAGUUUUAAAUAGACAAAGAGCCUAACUCAAAAACUCCCAAUACUUUUUCUUAUUUUUUCAGAAAGAAGAAAAAGAACAAGUAGAACAAGAAGUAAAUCAAGAUCGACAAUAUCAAAUCGAUGCAGCAAUUGUUCGAAUUAUGAAAUCAAGAAAAGAAUUGACACAUUCCGCAUUGAUUCAAGAAAUAAUGGCUCAAUUAAGAUUCCCGGUGAAAAGUGUCGAUAUCAAACUUCGAAUUGCUUCAUUAAUUGAACGAGAUUAUUUGUCUCGAGAUCAAGAAGAUACCAACAAAUAUCAUUAUGUUUCAUAG